CCUAAAGCAACAGCUAAUAAGGGUUUUUAUUUCAAUGAAAUGCCAUCACAUCCUGAUGGUAUGUUUAAUAAAAUUGAAAAUAUCCACAAGAAUUGGAAGGGAGAUUACAAGUUACUUGAAAGACAUCAUGGUUAUAUUCAAUGGUUGUUUCCUAUUAGAGAAUCAGGUAUGAACUGGCAUGCACAAGAACUUCAACUACAUGAAGCAAAGGCUAUCAAUAGUAAUAAGAAAGCACACAGUAGAAUUUUAGAAUCCUAUAAGUUAAUGUUAGAUUUUUAUGGUAUUGAAUUAGCAGAUCCUAAUACAGGUGAAUUGAAAAGGUCAAAAAAUUGGGAAAGUCAGUUUCAACAUCUAAAUAGGUCCAUGCAUAAUUAUUUAAGAAUUACAAGGAUUUUAAAGUCAUUAGGUGAAUUUGAAUAUGAACAUUUAAAAGAACCUUUUGUGAAGUUUAUGAUGACUGAGGCUUUAAAGGAAAAGACUUUACCUAAUGUUGCAUCCAGUUGUAUGAAUUACUGGGUGGGAACAAUCAGAGAUGAUGAACAACGAAAAAAAUUGAGAGAAUAUGCUACUGAAUUGGGAUAUGAUGAAGGAAAAUUUUAG